CGAUAAGCAUAUGGCUCACGGGACCUCGACGUCUUGAACUCAUGUUUCCAUUUCCAAGCCGGGUGCCAUAUCCGAAGCUGCGGUGGUGUGCUACCUUCCCGGUUCCGCAAGAUACCUAUUUCUGCAUUCUUCCGAGCUAUCUUUACAAUUGCCAUGUGGUGAUGGGAUGAGACAUCAGGUUGGACGGAAAUGCAUCUGGAAGGCGAUGGUAUUCCCGGCGAUGAUUGUGGUGGAAUAUCAGACUGUUUCUAUUUCACAGGCACAGCAUCCAGAAUUGAAACUCUCUUCGUCAAGAUCAACACGUCUCUUGGAUUUCCACCCCAGUACAGUCACACGAGACUCACAUUCGCCGCCGAGAUCACGUCAUUGCCGCUAGAGUGCGACAUCGCAAGGUCUCCAACCAGUUGA